AUGCAGGCCCAGUCACCCUAUCCACCGGUAGAUAUACCAAAUGUGGAUCUAUGGUCUUUGUUGUUUGAAAAAAAGAAAAGGCUUUUCGCUGACGAUAAAGGUUAUGAUAUUCCAAGAUGCCGACACUCUCCGCUCCUACACUUAUUCCCUUUCCAAGUCAAAAGCAUUGCCCUUGAUUUCGGGAAAGGCCUGAAAGCUACUUGGAAUUGGCAAAAGGGUGACGUCUUGGCCCUUCUUUCCCCAAACGACAUUGACAUCCCCCCGGUGAUUUGGGGAACUCAUUGGCCCGGUGGAGCCGUCACCCUCGUAAACCUAACAUAUACCGCGGAGGAAUUGUCUCUCCAGCUUAAGGGGACAAAAGCCAGAGUGCUUGUUACCCAAAUAUUUCCCGCGCAACGAGGUAUCGCAAAACGCGCGUCGAUCCAGCGAAGGAUCUGGCGUUUUUCCUUCAGCUCGGGAACGACAGGCAUACCGAAAGGGGUUAUGCUCUCGCACAGAAAUAUUGUUUCAAAUAUUAUACAGAUUACUGCGGGAGAAGAACACCAUUUAAGUUGCGCUGGCGGAAAGGAUAGGAAUGGCGACAAAGUAUUGGCGUUUUUGCCAUUCUUCCACAUAUAUGGCCUUAGCUGCCUCGUCCAUAAAUCCAUGUACACCGGUAUCCAGCUGGUUGUCAUGUCUAAAUCCGAUAUCAAAAAAUGGUGUGCCCACGUCCAAAACUUUGGCAUUACCUUCUCCUAUAUUGUUCCUCCUGUUGCAGUCCUCCUUUCCAAACACUCUAUAGUUGAAGAGUAUGACCUGCCUUCCUUGCGCUUGAUGAAUUCCGGAGCCACGCCGCUCAGUCGCGAGCUCGUCAACGCUGUGUAUGCCCGCAUUAAGACUGGCGUCAAACAGGGCUACGGCCUCAGCGAAACAAGCCCGACAACACAUACGCAAGCGUGGGGGGAUUGGAAUAAAUUCAUUGGUUCCGAAAUCAAGUAUAUGACCUCCCCCGACGACGGAAGUGAACCUGUUGAACUCCACGUCGGCCGAACUGGGGAGAUCUAUGUGCGCGGCCCCAACGUAUUCCUUGGUUACCUCAAUAACCCAGAGGCAACUGCAGCAUGUCUUUCUCAGGAUGGCUGGUUCCGCACUGGCGAUGUCGGGCAUCAGGAUGAGCAUGGAAACCUGUACAUCACUGAUCGCGUCAAGGAGCGUAUUAAGUACAAGGGUUUCCAGGUGGCACCCGCUGAGCUUGAGGGUGUCCUAGUCGAGAACGAGUUGAUUGCUAACGUUGCUGUCAUAGGUGUUGAGAGCGAGGUACAUGGCUCUGAGGUACCCCGCGCCUUCGUUGUGUUAAGCGGUAAGAAGGUAGAGGACGGGACUGCCGCAGACGCAGAGCAGAUUGUGCAGUGGCUUGCCGGGAAGGUUGCGCCACACAAACGGCUUCGAGGAGGGGUGAGGUUCGUUCAUGAAAUCCCGAAGAGUGCCAGUGGGAAGAUUCUGAGACGGGUGUUGAAGGAUCGGGCGCGGAAGGAGGAUACUGUUGAACGGCUUAAAGCGAAGCUGUAG